GACCUUAUCAUCAUGGCAUGGGCUUGCAAAAUUGUGUUUGGGGUGCCACUGAUUGUUGCACUUGUGAUAUGUAAAUGGAGGAAAAGACAUUCAUCAAUGUAUGAAAAUAUUGAAAAUUACCUUGAACAAAAUCACUUAGCACCUAUCAGAUACUCAUACAAGGAAAUUAAAAAGAUGACUGAAGGUUUCAAAGAGAAGUUAGGUGAAGGAGGAUUUGGCUCUGUGUUUAAGGCAAAGUUACGGAGUGGACCUUCUGUGGCAAUCAAAAUGUUAGGUAAAGCCAAAGGAAAUGGACAAGAUUUUAUCAAUGAAGUUGCAACCAUUGGAAGAAUACAUCAUCAAAAUGUGGUACAAUUAAUUGGAUUUUGUGUUAGUGGCUCAAAGCGCGCUCUUUUGUAUGAAUUCAUGUCUAAUGGUUCUCUUGAUAAACUUAUAUUUUCAAAAGAAGGAAGUGUACAAUUAAGCUAUGAAAAGAUAUACAAUAUAUCAGUUGGAGUGGCUCGUGGGAUUGCUUAUCUUCACCAUGGAUGUGAGAUGAAGAUUUUGCAUUUUGAUAUCAAACCACAUAACAUCUUACUAGAUGAAAAUUUUAUCCCAAAGAUUUCUGACUUUGGAUUGGCAAAGUUAUAUCCAGUAGAAAAUAGCAUUGUCACUGUGACUGCAGCAAGAGGAACCAUUGGAUAUAUGGCUCCAGAAUUGUUUUACAAUAAUAUUGGAGGAAUUUCCCAUAAGGCCGAUGUUUAUAGUUUUGGAAUGCUUUUGAUGGAGAUGGCAAGCAAGAGGAAGAACCUGAAUCCCCAUGCGGAUAGAUCAAGUCAAAUUUACUUUCCAUUUUGGAUCUAUGAUCGUAUUAGAGAAGAGGAAGAUAUAGAUAUACAAGAUUUGACUGAAGAGGAAAAGAAAAUAGCAAAGAAGAUGAUCAUAGUUGCACUUUGGUGCAUACAAUUGAAACCAAAUAAUCGUCCCUCAAUGAAUAGAGUGGUAGAAAUGCUUGAAGGAAAUAUUGAAGACCUGAAAAUACCUCCAGAAUCUACUUUAUAUCCUGAUGAAAUGAGUACCGACGAUGAUCAAACAAUAAACUCAGAGUUCACCGACACAUUCUCUUAA